AUGCCCGCCGUGCCGCCUCCCGCAACUGUCUUCGUCACUGGCGUGUCCGGCUUCAGCGGUGCCUGGAUCGCACGCGCCCUCCUCGAGAACGGAUACGCCGUCCGCGGCGCCGUCCGCUCUGAGGAGAAGGCCGCGUAUGUCGCCGACCUCUUCAAGAUCCACGGCGACCGCUUUGAGUCUGUAAUUGCCGGUGUGGCGAACUUAUCCGCCACGGAUGCUUUAGACAUCAUGGGGCCGAACACAGACAGCGUCUUGAACCUGCUUGAGAGCACGCUCCGACACGGCAAGAACGUAAAGCGUUUUGUGUACAUGUCGUCCGCGCAGGCGAUGCUCGGUCACGAGGAUCUGUUCCAUGUAUAUACUGAGGACGACUGGGCCGAGAAGGAUCUCGCACUUGUCAAUGAGAAGGGCAGCGCGGCGGGCGGCCAAGCGCUUUACCGCGCGAGCAAGGUGCUUGCCGAACGCGCGGUUAUCAACUUUGUCGAAGAGCAUAAGAAGGAGAUUGGAUGGGAUGCGACACGUAUUGUACCUGCCUGGAUCUUUGGGCCUGUCAUCCACGACUGGAAGGCUUUUGAUGACCUCAACCUCUCCUCUAAGAUCAUGUACCAACACCUCACGACUCCGCGCGACGGCGACCAAGUGAACAUCUAUGCGUCAGACUACGUCGACGUCCGCGACGUCGCCGAUGCGUUCGUCGCCGCAUUGAAGGUCGAAGCCGCUGGUAAUGAGCGGUUCAUUCUCGAUGCAGGCGCAUACACGUUCCAGAACCUGUACGAUGCCGUGCACGCGACGGCCCCAGACCUGCAGGGCCUUGUGCUUGGGAAUCCAAGUCCACCACCGUUUUCGUUCCCUGGCGCCUUCUGCGAUUCGUCCAAGGCGAAGUGCGUGCUGCAGCUGAAGCAGUUCAGGACCCUUGGGGAGUGCGCAGUGGAUACUCUGAAGAGCAUACAGGGGAGGCUGUAGAGAACGUCAAAUUGAGUACUGCAAGAACUUCGGUGGUUUUUCGCUGUGUGUUGAGGAGGAGGGAUGAUUCCGAGUUGGCACUUCCGUGAACGUGUUUGUAGCUAUGAUCGUGAGGUGCUAAUACACGGUCGUACUGAU